AUGUCAUGGCCGGAGCUGCAAGGGCAGGAGCUUGCACUCCUUAAAGGGGCAUUCGCGAACCCCAGGCAAUUGCACGCAGCCUUUGAUGGUCGCGAGGAGGCGGCUGAACUAAUAGAGGUGUUCUUGCCAGGCAUCAACAGAGAUGGGAAAUAUCAGAGAGCCGACGUUCUUGUGGCAUGGGCACAGGAAAAUGAAUCAGCAAUCAAGCGGCAGCGAAGGGAGUCAUUGCAUGGUAUGUGGGAAGUGCUACCACAGCAACGUGUGGUGCCGAAGCUGACGGACACAUUUGAUGAGCUGGCAAGGAGCAACCCACUUGUCCUGCUGCCGGCGCUGCAGCGGAAGAGGCGCUUGCUUAGAGAAAAUACAGACGCUACACAGCGCGCAAAGGAGGAACAGCUGGCAAGGAAGAAGUAUGCCUUACAAUUGGCCGAGAUACUUAAGGAAGCGAAGUUGCCACUGGUGCAACAGCUGGAGGGAGUGGACCGGCCUGAGGAAGUUUGGCCACGGAUAUUUGGAACCCGCAGGAGCAAAACGCUGCGAAACCGCUUGAAGGCUUGGCAACCCUUCAGGACGUGGCUGCAGUGCGUCCAUGAGGUGCAAUGGCCGACUAGCGUGCGGCAGCUGAUUGAUUAUAGCAAUGAGAGAUUUCAAAGUGAGUGUGGCAAGACAGUGCUGAACAGUUUCCAGGCGUCGCUGGCUGUCUUGGAGCAGGUGGGAAAGGUCGCUGAGACACAGCGGCUGUCGAGCGAUACAACUUGGCUGGCACACUUGAAGUCGUUGACUGCAGAUUUGGUGGGUGAACAAGCGCCCGUACAGCAAGCACCAAUGAUGACGGUAGCAAUGAUCAUUUCACUUGAGCUGCACAUUGCGAGGGAGGAUGAGCCUGAGUAUAUACGGGCAAUGGCCUUCGUUGCACUGCUGGCUGUGUAUGGUUCCAUGAGAAUGGACGACUUGCAAGGGAUGCUGCCGGCUACCAUGCAGCUUACUGCACAGGGCUUCAGAGCUACGCUGGGACGCACCAAGACGACGGGCGCAGACCGUCGCAACAAGGAGGUCUCGGUCUUCAUACACAGGCAGGCAGGAUUGUCCGGGUUUGAUUGGCUGGGUGAGGGCUUUGCGCUUUGGAAGAAGUAUACUCAGCCGAGAGACUUCCUUGUCAUGAUUGCCAGAGACGAUUGGAAAGGGCCAACUAAGCACUUUGCUAAGAGCGAGGUAGUUGCAGGCUAUGUGCGUGAGGUCUUCAAGAGGCUAGCAACGCCGAAGUUUGAGGAUAGGGCCUAUCGCCUCAACUUGCAGAGGUACCUCUUGGUGGAAGGGGCCCAAGGCUUCUUCACGGGGCAUAGCCCACGCAAUUGGCUUACUUCAGCAGCCGCGGUGUUGGGAUGGUCUAAGGAUCGGAGGGAUUUCUUGGGUCGUUGGAUGAUCGGUGGUUCGGGUUCUGCCGACUACACGCGCACUGCAAAGGAGGUUGUGCAUCGCAUACAGAUUGGAGUCUGCGAAGCAAUUGUCACCGGCAAGGGUGGCGAGUAUCAAGAGAGCGUAGCUCUCGAAGAGCUAAAAGCCUUUGUGGACGAACGUGGAGGUUCAGGUGCAUUGGCAAGGCGGCGGCAUGAUCUACUUAGGACUGUGGAAGGCGUACGCUGCUUGGGCAGCAAGUGGCCUGCCAUUGAACAGGACGAUGCAGAUGCCAGCGAAGAGGAGGAGGCACCGGAAGCGAUGAACGUUGAGGGUAGUGCCACAAAGUACUUCAUUAGCAUCAGUCGUAAGACGGGCCAUCGCAGGCUGCACUUGAAUGGGCCGUGCCAUGUUAAGCCACAUCAUUGCAAUAGGGUCGAGUUUGUCGAGCGUGUCGCAUUGGAUCAGAUCGACAGCAUUUGUCGUGAUUGCAAGCAUCGUAUGAGGGAAGAUCAAGGUGCCGAGGACGAUCAGGACACAAGUAGCGAGAGCGGGUCCACAAGUGACUCGAGCAGCGAAGAGGGGCAGCUUCGCAGGACCGUCGGCAUGUACGUGAUUGUGAGUGAUCCACGAUUUUCAGUGUCAGCGGAUCAGAGAGCAGAAGUGGCAAAGAUGGAUUCCGACUUGCAGUAUGUGCUUCAGGAAGCCAGUGCGUCACUGGCCACGCAAUAUCAGGUUGCGCGGCUCCAUCAGAGUCGAAGGCGAUUCCAGGCGAUCGCCGAUAACCGCGAAGGUGCCCGGACAGCUGCGCGUGAUUUCGGGAUUAAUCCUGAUACACCGGCGGGCCGUGUUGAGGUGGCAGCUAUAGUGGCUGCGUGGGAACUUGCCAAGGAGUAUGCCAGUAAAGAAAUCGAGCUACGUGCAGAGGCGAAAGUUCUAGGCCAUAAGAGAAUCUUGCAAGUGCAGGAACGCCAAGCUAUGCUGAAGGCAGUGACGGAUGCAUACGGGAAGAUGAAUGAAAGCGAGACGCCAAGUGCAGAGUACUUGGCAACAAAGGCCGAGGAGUGCGAGAGCAAUGAGCCUCUCGCAAGUUCGCUUGAUCGCAUCUCUUCAAAGAAGGAUUCGCAGGUGGAGAGCCUCCAGACUAGCAUUGAUCCCACCGGGCAUGUUCGGGUGACAAAGACGAUGCAGAAGUUGGAAAUGCCACAUCACUCAGAGGGCUAUAGACGCUUGAUGAAGGUCGAGGCACAUGCAUGGCUCUGCAUGAGUGCACGGUUUAAGGCAAAGGCUUGGUUGCAAGGGCUUCAGCUUGAUGAUUUCACUAAGUUUGUUGAGUACAUCUUGGGGGAUCGUGUUGGCAACUUGAAGUUGCCCACUGCUUCAGGGCAAGAGACGCAGUUCAACAGGCCUCCAUGGAACAUCGUCUUGAGUUAUGAAUAUAAGUUGAGGGUUGAAGCUUUCAAGAUGAUCCUGGAGGGAACCGCCACCAUGGCAGAGGCACUUCGGGCAGUGCGUGAGGAUCCAUCGCUGAAAGAGGCUUACUUUACAACACCUCUGGCAUUGCACACAGCUGGUACGCCUACCAAGUUUCGGAAGGGCAACAGCAAAGGAAAGGAUAAGCAGCAAGGGCAAGAGAUUCCACCGCCGCCGGCGCCGCAUCAGAACGGGUGUUUCGGUGAGCACCCGGCCUCGCAGCACGAAGCCGCGACAGCGGGCCAACCUGUGGCAUCAAGGGUGGUUCAUGUCUUUGCAGAUCCUGCUGAGCGCUUUGAUUGGGCACCGCAUCUCAGCAAUAGCAUGUCGCAGCCAGAAUUCGCUGGCAAUUUCUUCAUGUGGGAAGCGCCGGAACACUUCGGCCGCACCGCCGAUGGCAUUGUGCCGAGCUCCAUUUGGGUUUGGCCCUUGACAGGGUUGCCGGUGCUGGAUGCGGAUCACCGCUACGUUGGGCCGCUGCCCGCGUCGUGCCCACAUGGGGGAGCCGCCCAGGGAAUCGACUUCACCUGCACCGGGCAUCAUUCAACUGCGAUGCCUAUGUCGACGCGGGUUCUAACGAAGUACUUGCAGCAGGUUGCACCUGGCUUUCAAGCAUCCGCUAUCGCGAUCUUCGAUGAUGUCAGGACGGGUGUCCACCGUGAUGCUCGGAAUGCACACUAUCCGAACAUGGUAGUGCCGUUAUCCGACUUUGAAGGUGGCCAGAUCUGGCUGGAACAGCAAGGAGGCGACGUUUGGGAGACAACGCCAGAAGGGCAGAGACCGGGUGUCCUCUUGGAGGUUUGUAAGGGUCCUGUAAGCUUCGAUGCCUGGCGGUCGUACCACGCUACGCGGGCGUGGAAGGGCCGUCGGGUGGUGAUGGUAGCAUACAUGACCGACAAGCUUGGCAAUGUUGAGGCUUCCGACUUAGUUCACCUUAAGGCAUUGGGCUUUGAGUUACCACUUGACUUGGACGCAUCGAAUGGGGAGACUUCCGAAGCUCUGGGUACCACUGAGGGCCCAAGCACACAAGACACAGCACCACCCGUGCCGUUCAGACCAGAGGCGUGCGGGAACCGAGGCAACCCCAUUCGCGUUGAGUGGGAAGGUCAGGAGGCUGACAUGACAGAUGGGUUCGGGUUGUGUUCUCCCUCGCGAUGGAGGCCGAUGGAUCGGGGGCAUCGCCUUGGCCCAGCGGCUACUGCACAUGCACAAUCCAUGUACCGGAUGCUUACGAGCUUCAUCGCCGAGCAUGUACCUGAUCCCCGGCGCUUCUGCUUCAGCCUACUUUCAGGAAAGAUCGAAUCCUCUCCAUUCGCUGGGGAGAAGUUGGAAGCCCUGCGUAAACAGUGGGCCAAGGUGCUGGGUGCAGAAGACAGUCCCGACGUGCUGGAGAUCCCGGAUGCGCAGCCCUUCUUGCUCAGGACCUUGUCACUUUCGGCCGAAAGACUCGAGGAUCCAGACUGGGAGAUUUUAACGGAGGGAGUUGACUGUUUCUGUACCGGGGUUCCCUUAGGUCUUAAUUGCGACAUACCACACUUGCCGCAGGUGUAUGAAAGGAAGUGCCAGUGGCGUAAACUUGAUGAGUCAGAGUUGGAUUUUGACCGGGAAAAUUAUAAGAGUGCCGAGUUGAGCUCCGCCGGGCUCCUCGAAAAGUUUCGUGCAGAGGAAAAACUUGGACGGAUGAAACCGACAACGCUCGGAGCCUUGCGCGAGGAGUACAGUGAUGACAUGAUCCGCGUGGCCUCAAUGGGGGCAAUCCUCAAACCCGAUGGCAGUGUGCGGCCAUUACAUGAUGGAACGCGCGGUGUCAAUGUCAACAACCAGAUACGCUUGGUGAAUCAGUUAGCGGUUCCAGGUCCGGCAGAAAUGUCAUUUUCAGUUCGGCAAUCAGGUGCUAUGCAAGAGACUCCCUUGGCCGCAACCGCGGACGUGAGUGCUGCACACAGGUUGGUCUUGCAUCGGAAGAGAUACGAGCUUGACUAUGGCGCCAGACUGGUGGGACUUAGCGAAGCCCGAGGUGCCUGGGUGUGCAACUGGGUCGAUGAGGCACGGAAGGCGCGCUUCGUCGUCUCUGUCAGGAAGUUUGCAGAGUUUCUCGGGAGACUUGGGUUCGUGUCUAGGGUUGUGUACUGGAUCAAACCACAUUUGGCCCCCUUGUAUGCUUGGUCAGCUGCGGCUUCGAAGAGCCAUGUUGCAAAAAUGCCGGACACGGUUAUUCUGACUUUGCUCUACUUGGAGGCAACGCUUAAAGACAUCAACUUCAAGGUCACACCGGGCCGACAACAGGAAGAGAAAGGGCAUCUCUUUCACACGGACGCGAAAUGCGAUGAUGGUUAUGUUGUCCUAGGAGGUUGGGACUCUAGCCAGGACCUUUCGGUCGCGUCUUGGUUCUCCAUAGUGGUGAAGCCUGCGGAUGCUCCGUACCUUUUCGACGCAGCGGGAAAAUCACAAUGGGCGUCAGCAUCAGCCGAACUUUUAGCAACAUUAGCUGCUUUGUGGUUCUUCGGACACCUUAAAGAGAGUAGUUCGCAGAGGCGACUCCCCGUCGCCAUUGCCGGGGCCACUGACAAUCAGAGUAACGAGAAGCUUCUUAAGAAACAGUCCACUACCAAGUGGCCGCUCAUGCUCAUCAACAUGCAGCUCUCACAUCUCCUAAGAAAGGCUUGUCUGAGGCUCAGCUUGACUUGGAAACCACGUGACGAAAAUAAGUUGGCAGAUGCUCUGACAAAUCAGGAUUUCAGCUCUUUCAGUUCCGAACACCGUUUGGAUGUCAGUUUCAGCGAGCUACCGCUUGAGCUCUUGAAUCAGUUGUGGUUGUCGAAGUCCGACUUCGAUGUGUUGGAGAACCACCGGGUGGAGCGUCCCGACACCAUUAGUCAACGUGCCUGGAGCAGAAAGCAGACCAGGGAGAUCGAACGAGCCCAUACGCGUAUUCAACUGUGUGAAACCUUGGAUCAGUUGGUUAACUACGCAGCGACUCUCCUUUCUCCGGACAACCUAGAGGCAUUCCUGUUUCUGAAUUUGUCGGAGAGAGACCCUGAAGAGCCGUUGUUCCUCCCGAACCACCUGGUUGAGUCUACGGUACACCCAGAAGAAGACCACCCUCCGUUGCCAGCUAGCCUAGACGCCUUGGUGUUGGAGUACGAAACCCAGCAGCACGACAAGCAUCUAGAAGAACUACUCAAGAACGACUUCGGCAUCAUCCUUGGUGGUGGUACACGCGAAAGUAAGAAGAGAACCUUUGAGGGAUCUCUUAAGGCUGCACCGGCUGCUGUCAUUGACCUGGAUUAG